UUCUAUUAAUAGCCUUUUAGCACUUACUUCCAAAGCUUCUUUAUCCAUGGUGUUCAGAGCAAUUUAUUCACUAAAAUAACUCAACCUCUUAACUGCAUAAACUACCUUAUCCAAAGAGAAACUUUCCAUUUCCAAAAUCCAAACUUUUUUCUUCCUAAAAAUACAUAUAUUUUCCCCUGUUUCUUGAUGAUGAAUCAAUUGUAUUCUGUUAAAGAGGAGUUCCCGGGGUCAAGUUCUGGUGGGGGUGAGCCCCCACCGCUGACACCACAACCAAUGGAAGGGCUUCAUGACAUUGGUCCACCACCAUUCCUUACAAAGACAUAUGAAAUGGUGGAUGAUUCAACUAUAGAUCAUGUUGUUUCUUGGAACAGAGGAGGUCAAAGCUUCGUAGUCUGGGAUCCUCAUGCCUUUUCAACUACACUACUUCCCAGAUUCUUCAAACACAAUAAUUUCUCAAGCUUUGUCAGACAGCUAAAUACUUAUGGAUUUAGAAAGAUUGAUCCAGAGAGAUGGGAAUUCGCAAACGAGGCAUUUCUAAAGGGGAGUAAACAUCUUCUAAGGAACAUCAAGAGGCGAAAAACGCCUAAUUCUCCUACAGAGCAAGGUCUCGGUCCUUGUGUCGAAUUGGGAAGAAUUGGAUUUGAUGGAGAAGUUGAUCGAUUGAGGCGUGACAAGCAAGUAUUGAUGAUGGAACUAGUGAAGCUUAGACAGAAUCAACAGAAUACUCGAGCUUACCUUCAAUCUUUGGAGGUAAAGUUACAAGGAACAGAGAGGAAGCAGCAACAAAUGAUGAAUUUUUUAGCAAGAGCUAUGCAAAAUCCGGAGUUUGUCCAGCAGUUAAUCCAUCAAAAAGGGAAGAGAAUAGAAAUUGAAGAGGAUAUAACUAAAAAGAGGCGACGACCUAUUGAUCAUCAAGGUCCUAGUGCUAGUACAUUACAUGUUGGAGGAUCUAGCCAUUCCAUAAAAUCAGAACCCUUGGAAUUCGGAGAGGCUAACGGAUUCCAAGUGUCUGAACUUGAAGCACUUGCACUAGAAAUGCAGGGAAUUGGUAGAGCAAGAAAGGAUCAACAAGAAGAGUACACGAUAGAAGGGGUCGAACAAUUUGGCAACAUGGAUAAAGAACUUGAUGAGGGGUUUUGGGAAGAGCUAUUUAACGAUGAGGACGUGUCUGGAAAUGAAGACGGUGAAGAGGAAGAUGUAGAUGUCUUGGCAGAGAGUGAGUUUUCAAGUAUUCAACGACGAAUGAAGAAAGCAGCUAUAUGGAUCAACCAGCUACUCGUUGGAUAGAUUCAUGAAGGACUCAAGAGUCAAGUCUGAAAAUCCUUGCAUAGGUUAUGCAGAUUUUGAUCAAGUCUAUGGUCUUUCAAGGUUAUUCUAAAUGCUCAUUUUGGGUAAUAAAAAAUGUCAAC